UAACUUCUUCUAGAUUCCUCUCAAUUUCUCAUCUUAUUUCUUACUUUUUCCUCAGUCUCGUUUCUUCUGAGACGAUUUAAGAUCUGUUUCGAUUCUGAUUUUAUUUAUUUAUUUAUUGCUGGAGUUGUAGAUCUGAUUGUAUGUGUAGUGGAUUUGAUGUAAUUGCUGACGGGUUUGAUCAGUGGACUGUGAGAGUUAAAUAAUUUGGUUUGACAUUGGAUCUGUACUUGUUGGAAUUCGAUCUGUUUCUUCAUCUUUGAAUGUUUGAUUUGUUGUUAUGGCAAUGCUCUUGUUUAUCUUCAAAUAUCUUGAUUAAUGCUGCUCUUGAUCACAAAGGCCACUUAUGUGAAUUGCUACUUUAAGUUAGUAUAGGGAUUAGCCAUAUCUGAGCCAGUGUUUGUCUCUCUUUUGGUCAUGAACAGGAUUUUGUAGAAUCAAUUCACAAUGGCGUGUAUAGUAGAGGAUCCACAACGUGCAGGUCAAUCAAAUGAGACACAAAUUGCACUUAUAAGCGGAGUUCCUGAUGAUAUCUCAAAAUCCUGCUUAGCUAGAGUUCCAAGAGAAUAUCACAUGGCAAUGAAAUGUGUUUCAAGGAGAUGGAGAGAUUUUGUGUGCAGUGAUGAAAUGUGCGACUAUCGAAACGAGUUUAACUUGGCUGAAUCUUGGAUUUACGCGUUGUGCCGCGACAUAUCUGGCGGUGUCUUCUUACACAUGCUGAAUCCGUUCUCGUCCAGAAGGUCAUGGAAAAGAAUCAAUGAUUAUCCAUAUAUCCCAAUGAGAGAAGGCAUGGGUUUUGCAGUAUUGGGUAAGAGACUGUUUGUGUUGGGUGGAUGUGGUUGGUUAGAAGAUGCUACUGAUGAGAUUUAUUGCUAUGAUGCUGCUAUGAACACUUGGUUUGACGUAGUACCUCCUCUUUCAACUAAAAGAUGCUACUUUGCUUGUGAAACGCUGGAUGGAAAAAUUAUUGCAAUUGGUGGGUUAGGAUUGAAUCCAAACGCUAAACGAACUUGGGACAUCUAUGAUCCUUUGACCAGAACCUGCAAAUCUUGUUCUGAUGUGAAUAUUGUCCCUGAAAUGGAAGAUUCAUUUGUAAUGGAUGGAAGGAUUUAUAUUCGGGGUGGUGUUGGAGGAUCUUCCACUGCAGUCUAUAGUGCAUCUAGCGGGAUUUGGGAACGUAUGGAUGAUGAUAUGGCAUCAGGAUGGCGAGGUCCAGCAGUUGUUGUGGCAGGUGAUCUCUAUGUUUUGGAUCAGACUUUUGGAGCUAAGCUAACAAUGUGGUGCAAGGAUACGAGAAUGUGGAUUCAUAUCGGGAAGCUAUCUCAAUUGGUGAUGAAGCAGCCUUGUCGGCUUGUAUCUAUUGGGAAUAGUAUCUUUGUGAUUGGUAAGGAUUGCUCUACUGUGGUAAUUGAUGUUGAGAAUGUGAGGAAGAAUAAGAUGAAUGGAGUAAUGGUGUGUUCUUCUAUACCAAAGACUUGGGAUGAUGAUAUAGAUGUUAUUAGCUGUAAAUCUGUAGCCAUAUAA